CAGCAGAGAAGAAGAAGACAGCGCACACACUCACACACACACACACACACACACACAUGCACAGGCACACAGAAUAAUUGGACCAAACUUGACUUACUGGACAAAACUGGACUUACUGGAGCAAACUGGACUAACUGGACGAGCUGGACUAACUGGCCAAACUGGAGUAAGCUGGUCCAGAUGCAGUGAACUGAGCCCAGCAACAGGGUCUAACUGGACUAAGCUGGGCGGUGGUGCUGGUGGUUCUGGUGGUGGAGGAGGGUUAAAGUGGACUGAACUGGUCCGAACUGGUCUGGGGACAGGACGCGGUCUAGAUGGAUGGUUUCCAGGCAUACGGGGCGGGGAAGGCAGGUGGAGCUUUUGACCCUCUGACCUUCAUUCGGCAGCCGCAGACAGUGGUCAGGAUCCUCUGCUGGCUUUUCUCCAUCGUGAUCCUGGGCUGCGUCGCUAACGAGGGUUACAUUAACCGACCUGAGGAGGUCGAAGAGUUCUGCAUCUUCAACCGCAACCAGUAUGCCUGCAACUAUGGUGUCGCCAUGGGAACACUUUGCUUCCUGUGCUGCACUGCUUUCUUGGCGCUGGACAUUUAUUUCCCUCAGAUAAGCGCUGUGAAAGACCGCAAGAAAGCAGUCAUGGCCGACAUCGGUGCGUCAGCUCUGUGGUCUCUCAUCUGGUUCGUGGGCUUCUGUUUUCUGGCCAAUCAGUGGCAGGUUUCUAAGGAAGAAGACAACCCUCUGAAGGAAGGAGCUGAUGCUGCCAGAGCCACCAUUGUCUUCUCCUUCUUCUCCAUCUUCACCUGGGGAGGGCUCACUUUGCUGUCGUUGGAACGGCUGAAGAGAGUCUCCUUUGAAGAAGAAUACAACAAACUCUUCAUCCCUUCUCUCGCCUGAAACACACACACCUAACAUCACCUGUCUCCUUCAGCCAAUCAGAGACAAGUGUUUUUGUGCUUCCAGUUUCUUCAUCAGCUCAGCGUGGACUCUGAUUGGCCGCUUUAAGAGCCUGUCUUCCAAAGUGCCUUCCUAUUACCGUGGUAACAGAGAGAUGCUGUUUCCUCAGAUUCAUGAACUAUACCAUUUGUGUUCCUAUUACAGUGAUGACAUAAUGUCUGAUAUGAUGUCAUCAUGUGAGUGUAAUGAUGAUGUGACAUGAAGAUUAAACGUAUAAGCAGUUAAA